GCUGCUACCAGCUUCCUGAGGGCCGCACGCUCAGGUAACCUGGACAAGGCUCUGGACCACCUGCGCAAUGGAGUGGACAUUAAUACCUGUAACCAGAAUGGGUUGAAUGGCUUGCAUCUGGCUUCUAAAGAAGGCCAUGUGAAGAUGGUGGUUGAACUUCUGCACAAAGAAAUCAUUCUAGAAACAACAACCAAGAAAGGGAACACUGCUCUACAUAUCGCUGCCCUCGCUGGUCAGGAUGAGGUGGUCCGGGAGCUGGUCAAUUAUGGCGCCAAUGUCAAUGCUCAGUCUCAGAAAGGCUUUACUCCCCUGUACAUGGCGGCCCAGGAGAAUCACUUGGAAGUGGUGAAGUUUUUACUGGAGAAUGGAGCCAAUCAGAAUGUAGCCACAGAAGACGGCUUCACUCCUCUGGCUGUGGCUCUACAGCAGGGCCACGAGAAUGUGGUGGCUCACCUCAUCAACUACGGGACGAAAGGGAAGGUUCGCCUUCCGGCCCUGCACAUUGCAGCCCGCAAUGAUGACACACGGACAGCUGCAGUACUUCUGCAGAAUGACCCCAACCCAGAUGUGCUUUCCAAGACGGGAUUCACACCCCUCCACAUUGCAGCUCACUAUGAGAACCUCAACGUGGCCCAACUGCUCCUCAAUAGGGGGGCCAGUGUCAACUUCACACCUCAGAACGGCAUCACACCACUGCAUAUCGCCUCCCGCAGAGGGAACGUGAUCAUGGUGCGGCUCCUGCUAGACCGGGGAGCUCAGAUAGAAACAAGAACCAAGGAUGAAUUGACACCUCUCCACUGUGCAGCUCGGAAUGGACACGUGCGAAUCUCAGAGAUCCUGCUGGACCAUGGGGCACCCAUCCAGGCCAAAACCAAGAAUGGCUUGUCCCCCAUUCACAUGGCGGCUCAGGGAGACCACCUCGACUGUGUCCGGCUUCUUUUGCAAUACAAUGCGGAGAUAGAUGACAUCACCUUGGACCACCUGACUCCGCUCCACGUGGCAGCCCACUGUGGUCACCAUAGGGUGGCCAAGGUCCUUUUGGAUAAAGGGGCCAAGCCAAACUCCAGGGCCCUGAAUGGCUUUACCCCCUUACACAUCGCGUGCAAGAAAAAUCACAUCCGUGUCAUGGAGCUGCUGCUGAAGACAGGAGCCUCCAUCGAUGCAGUCACUGAGUCUGGCCUGACACCUCUCCAUGUGGCCUCCUUCAUGGGACACCUUCCCAUCGUGAAGAACCUGCUUCAGCGGGAUGCAUCACCUAAUGUCUUCAAUGUGAAAGUGGAGACCCCACUGCACAUGGCAGCCAGAGCUGGGCACACUGAAGUGGCCAAAUACUUGCUCCAGAACAAAGCCAAAGUCAAUGCCAAGGCCAAGGAUGACCAGACACCACUUCACUGUGCUGCUCGCAUAGGCCACACGAGCAUGGUAAAGCUCCUGCUGGAGAAUGACGCCAGCCCUAACCUUGCUACCACUGCUGGCCACACACCCCUGCACACCGCAGCCCGCGAAGGUCACGUGGACACCGCCCUGGCCCUUCUGGAGAAGGAGGCAUCCCAAGCAUGCAUGACCAAGAAAGGAUUUACCCCUCUGCACGUGGCUGCUAAGUAUGGGAAAGUACGGGUGGCUGAGCUGCUGCUACAACAUGAUGCACAUCCCAAUGCUGCUGGAAAAAAUGGCUUGACUCCCCUGCACGUUGCCGUCCAUCACAACAACCUGGACAUCGUUGAGCUUCUACUUCCUCGAGGUGGCUCCCCACACAGCCCCGCCUGGAAUGGCUAUACUCCUUUGCACAUCGCCGCCAAACAGAACCAGAUGGAAGUGGCUCACAGUCUGCUGCAGUACGGAGGGUCAGCGAAUGCAGAGUCUGUACAAGGUGUGACCCCACUUCACCUGGCUGCCCAACAGGGCCACGCAGAGAUGGUUGCUCUGCUCCUCUCAAAGCAAGCCAAUGGCAACCUGGGGAACAAGAGUGGACUCACUCCUCUCCACCUGGUAGCACAAGAAGGCCACGUUCCAGUGGCGGACGUGCUGAUCAAACACGGUGUCACAGUGGACGCCACCACCCGGAUGGGUUACACCCCACUCCAUGUCGCCAGUCAUUAUGGAAACAUCAAGCUGGUGAAGUUUUUGCUACAACACCAGGCAGAUGUCAAUGCCAAAACCAAGCUAGGAUACAGCCCUUUACAUCAAGCAGCCCAGCAAGGACACACAGACAUCGUAACGCUGCUCCUGAAGAAUGGUGCUUCCCCAAACGAGGUCAGCUCGAAUGGAACCACACCUCUGGCAAUAGCCAAGCGUUUGGGCUAUAUCUCUGUAACAGACGUGCUCAAGGUUGUCACAGAUGAAACCAGUGUAGUGUUAGUCAGUGACAAGCAUCGGAUGAGCUACCCAGAGACAGUGGAUGAGAUCCUGGAUGUGUCUGAAGAUGAAGGAACUGCUCACAUAACUAUAAUGGGUGAAGAAUUUGUUGGUUCCAAGGCUGAGAGACAGGACUCUCAGGAUGUGGGUGAGGAGAAGGAGCUGUUGGAUUUUGUGCCGAAGCUAGACCGAGUGGUGGAAUCUCCUGCCAUCCCAAGGAUUCCUUGUGUCACGCCUGAGACUGUGGUGAUCCGGUCUGAAGAGCAAGAACAAGCAUCCAAAGAGUAUGAUGAGGACUCACUCAUCCCCAGUAGUCCAGCCACAGAGACCUCAGACAACAUUAGUCCAGUGGCCAGCCCCGUCCAUACAGGGUUUCUGGUGAGCUUCAUGGUCGAUGCCCGGGGAGGGUCCAUGAGAGGGAGCCGCCACAAUGGCCUGAGGGUGGUAAUCCCACCCCGGACGUGUGCAGCGCCCACACGCAUCACUUGCCGUCUGGUCAAGCCCCAGAAGUUGAGCACACCACCCCCACUGGCUGAGGAGGAAGGCCUGGCCAGCAGGAUCAUUGCCCUGGGACCUACGGGGGCCCAGUUCCUGAGCCCUGUGAUUGUAGAGAUCCCCCAUUUUGCCUCCCAUGGCCGUGGAGACCGUGAACUGGUGGUUCUGAGGAGCGAAAACGGCUCUGUGUGGAAGGAACACAAGAGCCGCCAUGGAGAAAGCUACCUGGACCAGAUACUCAAUGGCAUGGAUGAAGAGCUGGGGAGCCUGGAGGAGCUGGAGAAGAAGCGAGUCUGCCGCAUCAUCACCACUGACUUCCCUCUGUACUUUGUGAUCAUGUCCCGGCUCUGCCAGGACUACGACACCAUCGGGCCUGAAGGGGGCUCCUUGAAAAGCAAGCUGGUGCCCCUGGUACAGGCAACAUUCCCUGAAAAUGCAGUCACCAAGAAAGUGAAGCUGGCUCUGCAGGCCCAGCCUGUCCCAGAUGAGCUGGUCACCAAGCUCCUGGGCAACCAGGCCACAUUCAGCCCCAUUGUCACUGUGGAGCCUAGGCGUCGGAAGUUCCACCGUCCCAUCGGCCUGCGGAUCCCACUCCCUCCCUCAUGGACUGACAACCCCCGGGACAGUGGGGAGGGAGACACUACUAGCCUACGCCUGCUAUGCAGCGUCAUUGGUGGAACUGACCAAGCCCAGUGGGAAGAUAUAACAGGAACCACCAAGCUUGUGUAUGCCAAUGAGUGUGCCAACUUUACCACCAAUGUCUCAGCCAGAUUUUGGCUUUCCGACUGUCCUCGGACUGCUGAGGCCGUACACUUUGCCACUCUGUUGUACAAAGAGCUUACCGCAGUACCCUACAUGGCCAAGUUUGUCAUUUUUGCCAAGAUGAGUGACCCCCGGGAAGGACGGCUGCGCUGCUACUGCGUGACAGAUGACAAAGUUGACAAGACCCUGGAGCAGCAUGAAAACUUUGUGGAGGUAGCGCGGAGCAGGGACAUAGAGGUUCUAGAAGGAAUGCCUCUAUUUGCAGAACUCUCUGGGAACCUGGUGCCUGUCAAGAAAGCAGCCCAGCAGCGGAGCUUCCACUUCCAGUCAUUUCGGGAGAACCGCCUGGCCAUCCCUGUGAAGGUGAGGGACAGCAGUCGUGAACCAGGAGGGUUCUUGUCAUUCCUGCGCAAGGCAAUGAAGUAUGAGGACACACAGCACAUCCUCUGCCACUUGACUAUCACCAUGCCCCCCUGCACCAAGGGCAGUGGAGUUGAGGGUAAGAGGAGGACCCUGACCCCCCUGGCCCUUCGAUACAGCAUUCUCAGCGAGUCUUCACUGGGUUUUCCUAACGGCACAGACCAUGCAGAUAUGAAGAUGGCUGUCAUCACAGAGCACCUCGGCCUCAGCUGGGCAGAACUGGCCCGGGAGCUGCAGUUUAGUGUGGAAGAUAUCAACAGGAUCCGCGUAGAAAACCCCAAUUCCUUGUUGGAACAGAGUGCGGCCUUGCUGACUCUCUGGAUGGCCCGAGAAGGCGAAAAUGCAAAGAUGGAGAAUUUGUAUGCCGCCCUGCGGAACAUUGACCGAAGUGAGAUUAUAAACAUGUUGGAAGGCUCUGGCAGGCAGAGCCGCAACCUGAAGCCAGAUCGGCGGCAUGGGGACCAGGACUAUAUGCUGUCACCCUCCCAGAUGAAUGAACCCUCACCUGUGCCACUGUAGAUCAUUCAGAGUUUGUGGAACCAAUAUGCACCUUGAGGAAAAGUCACUUCAUGCCAAACCAGAAGCCUGUUUCCCACUUGACCACCGCACUGAGGUCUGUGGAUGUUCAGUGUACCCUGUCAGUUCCCUCCAGGGCAGCCUGGUUACUGACCCUGGUCCUGGGUGGGCUUCACUCUUCCCUCCAAGGUACAUUCCUAACAGGACUCAAAAGACUGUGCUAAAGUGAAGUUCUGAGCAAACAGAGCGUCCUUCCUCCGCCAGCCGCGGAGACGGGCUUUCAACUAAUCGCUGGAGGCAGAUCGGAGCACAAGUCCUUUGGAUAAAGUCUUCUUUAUCUAGUGCUCUGAGCUGGAUCAGAAUGAAUUCCAAUUGCGUUUCUUUGCCGUCC